CACACACGCACACACACAAAACAGUGGAGGGAAAAAAAUGGCAGCUGGCGAUUAGGGAAAGAAAAAAAAGUCUUGAGUUUUUUUUUCCUCGAUUUUUCCCAGGAAAGGCGUCACCGUAGGACAAAAAGCCAAGAAGAAGCUUAGCGAGUUGGGAGCGGCUCCGGCACCGAGUGUCGUCACUGGACACGAGGACAACAUGGGAAAAACGCCACUGAAAGAGCAAAGGGAUGCCAAAAAAGAGAAACCAACAACGGGGACGACACAAGAACUAACCAAAGAGUCUUUCGCCUGGGAAGAGUAUCUAAAAGAAACGUCGUCUUUACCGGCGCCACCGAGUUGUUUUCGUCAGGCUCGCGUCCCGCCGUCCAACGACUUCAAGGUGGGCAUGAAGCUGGAGGCCCACGACCCGCGCAACUCCACCUCGGUGUGCAUCGCCAGCGUCAUGGGUCUGACGGGGGUGCGCCUGCGCCUCCGCCUGGACGGGAGCGACAACAGCAACGACUUCUGGAGGCUGGUGGACUCCUCCGACAUCCAGCCCAUCGGCACGUGCGAGAAGAACGGAGACAUGCUGCAGCCGCCGCUGGGAUUUCGCAUGAACGCCUCCUCGUGGCCGAUGUUCCUGCUGAGAACUUUGAACGGAGCGGAGAUGGCUGCAGCGACGGCCUUCAAGAAGGAGCCCCAGAGGCCCCCGCAGAACGGCUUCAAAGUGGGCAUGAAGCUGGAGGCGGUGGAUAAGAAAAACCCGCACCUCAUCUGCCCGGCCACCAUCGGCGAAGUGAAGGCCGACGAGGUCUUUGUCACGUUUGACGGCUGGAGAGGCGCCUUCGAUUACUGGUGCAAGUACGACUCCCGGGACAUCUUCGCCGUGGGCUGGUGCUCGCUGACCAAGCACAGCCUGCAGCCGCCCGGCAACAGCGUCACCCUGACGAAAAGCCCGCCCGCCCCGAUGUCGUCGCCUUCCAAGCCCAGCAGGCGCUCCUUGCAGCCUCCUUACAGACCCCCCAACCCGCUGCCAAAGCUGCCCGUAAGGAAGGGGGUUCGCGGUCGCCGGCCCAAGAGCGAGACCCUCGCCCUUCUUAAGGCCAUGGCCGAAGCCGCCGCCCAGAACGGCGGCAGCGCCAUACACGACGCGCAGCUCACGCCCCGGCCGCACAAGAAGAGAGGCCCCAAACCUGGAAGCAAGCGAAAGCCUAAGAUUCUCCAAAGCUUGUCACACCCAGGCGCGCCCGCCAUCCAGGUUCAGCUCGGCAGCCCCGCCAGCCUGCCCUCGGUGGUAUCAACAGUGUGCGUGUACGUUAACAAACACGGAAACUGCGGUCCGCACCUGGACCGCAAGCAAAUGCAGCACCUGCCGGACCACUUUGGCCCGGCUCCCGUCAACUCUGUGCUCCAGCAGGUGGUCCAGUCCUGUCUGGACUGCGCGUACCAGCCCAAAGUGCUGCUCGGCGCGCUGCAGACGCACUCGGGAGGCGGCAAGGUGGUCAGAGUGAGAACGGACGGGGGGGUCCGCGUGGUCAAGCUGCCGUCGGCCUCCAGCGCCGCCUUCGUGCUGCGCUUCUUGGAAACCGUGUGCCGCCACCUGCAGUGCGACAACUUGUUUAGCAGCCAGCCGUUCAUCCGCUACGCCGCUUCUUACGACAGGACCAAGUCAGUGAAAGAGGAGGCGAUGGACUCGCCCUCGCUGACCCGGGCGGGCAAGCGAAGCCUGGCCGGUGUUUCGCCGCCGUACGCCGCGCCGCUGUCUCCCAAACAUGUACGCACCGACGCCCACCCUUCAGAAGCCGAGACGCUGCCGCACGAAGACAACGUCCUGAUGAAGGAGCAGCGCUACAUGGGCUCCGCCUCCAACUCCGUGACGCCUCGGCCCCAGAUGGCGCGCAGUCGUUCCGAGUACCGCCCCUCCGCGGCCGCCCCUUUGCCCCGCCGUCUCGCUUCCAAUCCCGCCGAGUUGGCGUCGGCGCAGCUGCUCCGGCGAGUCGAAGCCAGCUCCACCACGGGUCCAGAGAGCAGCGCCACGGAGAGGGAGGGAUGGCAAGCGCCCGCUAAGAACCCGGCGUCCUGGUCCAUAGACGAGGUCAUGCAGUUUGUGAGGGACGCCGACCCCGCGGCGUUGGCGCCGCAUGCAGAAUUGUUCCGAAAACACGAGAUCGACGGCAAGGCGCUGAUGCUGCUGCGGAGCGACAUGAUCAUGAAGUACAUGGGCCUCAAGCUGGGGCCCGCCCUCAAGCUGUGCCAUCACAUCGAGAGGCUGAAACAGGGCAAAGUGUGACCCGCACCCGCAGCCAGGUCCUGUGACUGGCGGAGAGGGAAACAAGGAAACCCCCACCCCAUUGCCUCAGUAGUGUUUGGUACCUUCUCAUGCUACGUUUGGCUCCCCAAAGAUGGUGAAGGCGUCUUCUCCAUAGUGUUCUUCUGACUUUUCCUGUUAUCCGGCCACGGAAAGUGAAGAAUGUCUCUGAAUGCAUUCCGUUACGUGCACACACAUUCUCGUCUAUUUUAACACCGUAUUAACAGGGGAUGGCAUCAAUUUCAGUGGGCCUCUGCUGUUGGCGAGAGAUAGGGACACCGCUCUGCUGCAAAUACAGAACAUUUGCAACUAAUUGACGCUGCUACCUACAAAGGUUUGUAAUUGCCUAUAGAUGCCACAAGAUGGCAGAAAAGCACUUUUUUUCCUAUUAGACAAAGCUAUGGACUGACUAAAUCAAGCUCCUUCCCUCAUGCUAGGUGUCUAACGCAUAUUUUUGUUUUAGGCAUGGCUUUGGCCUGAGGUUUCUUUAGCGAAUAACAGGAUCAUUUCCCCCCCAAAAAUCUGUGACAAGGCAAAUUUGCAAAUGUUGACUUGCAAAUAUGUCGGGGUUCACUGGACACGUCCACUAUGCCAUUUGUUACAUAACAUUAACUAAAUAAACUUCUUAGUAUUUUUGCCAUCCACUAUUAACAUAAAAAUGUGGAAAAUAAAUUGAACAAUUGAUUCGGGCGCACUACCUGGCUGGCACCCACAGUGGCGCUGUUGUUUCACUCAACUAGUUUGUGGCCUAAAGAAGAACCCGACAGCUUGGCUGCUUCUUUGUUUCAGCUUUUACGUGUUUAUUUGUAAACAAAAAUGUUCAUAGUACAGUGAACCCCACAUAUUUGAGGUUCGGCAUCUACACAAGUAUUGCUUUGCUGCCAUCUUGUGGCAUCUUGGUGGUGAAUAAUGAAGUGAGCUACAGUGAAGGGAGUUGAAGAGUUCCACUUCAAUAAAGAUCAGCUUUUCCACCCUCUUGUGGCAUUUAUAGGCAAGGACAUUUUACACUAGUAAACCUUUUUUACUGGUGAUGUCAACUACUCCCAGAUUUUUUAUAUUUGAGACAGGGAUACCGCAAAUAGCAGGGGUUCACUGUACUUCUGAAAAUUUUAAACAUAAUAUUGACCUUUGGGAAAAAAACAAAUGGCUGGUUACAAAUUCCGUCAAUUUAUUGUCAGUUCAGCGCAUCUGAAAGCAAAUAAGAGGCCAGCAGUCUCUGGAUUCAUUCAACUAGUUUGUGACAGCCAGGCUAAUUGUCACAUAGUGUUUACGUGUUACUGCGAUUGGCUGGCGACCGGUUCAGGGUGUACGCCGCCUUUCGCCCGAAGAUAGCUGGGAUAGGCUGCGGCACGCCCGCGAACCGAGUGAGGAGAAGCGGAACGGAAGAUGGAUGGAUGGAUGUUUACGUGUUGCAUUGUUAAAACAAUUGUUAUCAGUCAAUUUUCAAAACAAAACAAAAAUCUUGCCAUUUUGAGAUUUUUUUUUAAAUUAUAUUUACAGAAAAAAAUGAUUUAUGUAAAUGUAUCAUGUCAAAUGGAGUCGACAUGGAGUGCACUACUUGGCUGCCACCAGCAGAGGCGCUGUAGUUUCACCCUCAAGUGGCCUAAAAAAGAACAAUCCGACGUCAUGCUAGCUAACGUCUCCAGCAAUUGUUCUCCAUCCGUCCGUCCAUCCAUUUUUCGUACCACUUAUCUAAUUGUAACAAAAAUGUUAUUCUCAAAACAAAACACCUUUCAAUAUUUUGUAAACCCCCAGCUCUGUCGUGGGUCAAAUAGACCCAUUUUAAAGGUAAACAAAUAUAUUUCACAUGUAUAAUAAAUAGUUAAGAGUUAAUCCAAUAUAUUUCCAUUUUGGAACUUUUGGAUCCUAACACAUGCCCCGGGUCAAAUUGACCCAAGGACAUUAUUGCUGUUUUUGAGAAGCUAGCAGCAUAACAGAAGCGUUAAUAUAAAGAUUGUAUUUUUAUUUUUUUUUAAAGAUGACGCAUUCAUUGAUGAAAAAACUAGUCAAAUGCCCAUCCCUGAUGUUAACGAUGAACUCACCACAUGUUCGUGUAUUAUUAUGACAUUUUCUAAAGGCUUUACAGUUGACUUUGUAUUUGUCAGUGCACUUUUCCUGGGUUUCACCACGACGAGCGUGCCACCGAAUGUACAUUUUGUAAAUGAUCAUAUCUUUUAGGCCUACGCAUAAUAUGGAAUGCUGUCCCGAUGCGGCGCUAUUCAAAGCGACAUGUCUCAGGUCUGUGUAGUGAUUGUUAGCGCCAGCUGUUGGUUUUUAAACUUGUGUACAGUGAACCCGCGCACAUUCGCGAUUCCGAAUUGGCAGAUUUUGCCUCUGAUUUCGCCUAUCCUACUUAGCUACUUGCUGUUUUUGUUCUCAGGCCAAAACCAUGUCUAAUAUAAAAAUAUUGUAUAGGCACCAUCUUUUGGCAUUAUGGUGCCAAGUAACUAUGUUGAAGUGAGGGCAGGAUGUUCUAAUUUAGUCAGGCCAUAGCCUUGUUUGUUACCAAAAAAGAGUGCUUUGGCACCAUUGUGUGGUAUGGCGGCACGGUAGGCGACUGGUUAGCACAUCUGCCUCACAGUUCUGAGGACCGGAGUUCAAAUCCCGGCCCCGCCUGUGUGGAGUUUUCGUGUGCUCCCCGUGCCUGCGUAGGUUUUCUCCGGGUACUCCGGUUACUUCCCACAUCCCAAAAACAUGCAGGGUAGGUUAAUUGAAUACUCUAAAUUGCCCGUGGGUGUGAAUGUGAGUCCAAAUAGUUGUUUGUUUCUAUGUUCCAGUUCAGGGCGUACCUCGCCCGGAGAUAGCUGGCAUAGGCUCCAGCACGCCCGCGACCCUCGUGAGGAGAAGCGGAACGAAAGAUGAAUGAAUGAAUGAAUGUUUGGUAUCUACAAGCCUAAUUCCAAUGAAGUUGGGACGUUGUGUUAAACAUAAAUAAAAGCAGAGUACAAUGAUUUGCGAAUCAUGUUCAACCUAUAUUGAAUUGAAUACACGACAAAGACAAGAUAUUUCAUGUUCAAACUGAUCAACUUGAUUGUUUUGAGCAAAUAAUCAUGAACUUGGAAUUUGAUGGCUGCAACACGUUCCAAAAAAGCUGGGACAUGUGGCAAAAAAGACUGAGAACGUUGAGGAAGGCUCAUCCAACACGUGUUUGGAACAUCCCGCAGGUGAACAGGCUCAUUGGGAACAGGUGGGUGCCGUGAUUGCUUCCCUGAAUUGCUCAGUCAUUCACAAGCAAAGAUGGGGCGAGGUUCACCUCUUUGGGAACAAGUGCGUGAGAAAAUAGUCCAACAGUUUAAGGACAAUGUUCCUCAAUGGACAAUUGCAAGGAAUUGAGGGAUUUCAUCAUCUACGGCCCAUAAUAUCAUCAAAAGGUUCAGAGAAUCUGGAGAAAUCACUGCAUGUAAGCGGCAAGGCCGAAAACCAACAUUGAAUGCCCGUGACCUUCGAUCCCUCAGGUGGCACGGCAUCAAAAACCGACAUCGAUGUGUAAAGGAUAUCACCGCGUGGGCUCAGGAACACUUCAGAAAACCAAUGUCAGUAGGCUCAGGAACACUUCAGAAAACCAAUGUCAGUAAAUACAGUUUGGCGCUACGUCCGUAAGUGCAACUUGAAACUCUACUAUGCAAAGCAAAAGCCAUUUAUCAACAACACCCAGAAACGCCGCCGGCUUCUCUGGCCCCGAGCUCAUCUAAGAUGGACUGACGCAAAGUGGAAAAGUGUUCUGUGGUCCGACGAGUCCGCAUUUCAAAUUGUUUUGGGAAAUUGUGGACGUCUUGUCCUCUGGGCCAAAGAGGAAAAGAACCAUCCGGACCGUUAUGGACGCAAAGUUCAAAAGCCGGCCUCUGUGAUGGUAUGGGGCUGUGUUUUGGAGGUUUGGGAGCAACAUAUGCUGCCAUCCAAGCGACGUAUUUUCAUGGACGCCCCUGCUUAUUUCAGCAAGACAAUGCCAAACCACAUUCUGCACGUGUUACAACGGCGUGGCUUCGUAGUAAAAGAGUGCGGGUACUAGACUGGCCUGCCUGCAGUCCAGACCUGUCUCCCAUUGAAAACGUGUGGCACAUUAUGAAGCGUAAAAUACGACAACGGAGACACCGGACUGUUGAACAGCUGUAGCUGUACAUCGAGCGAGAAGGGGAAAGAAUUCCACCUACAAAGCGUCAACAAUUAGUGUCCUCGGUUCCCAAACGUUUAUUGAAUGUUGUUCAAAGAAAAGCUGAUGUAACACAGUGGUAAACAUGACCCUGCCGCAGUUUUUUUUGGAACCUGUUGCAGCCAUAACAUUUUCAAGUUAAUGAUUAUUUGCUAAAAACAAUCACCUUGAUCAGUUUGAACAUUUAAUAGGUUGGCUUUGUAGUGUAGUCAAUUAAAUAUAGGUUGAACAUGAUUUGCAAAUCAUUGUAUUCUGUUUUUAUGUUUAACACGUCCCAACUUCAUUGGAAUUGGGGUUGUACGUAGAGGAAAUCGAAAACAGUAGUCACUGAUGGUGUAGCGGUCCACUCGCCUGACUUUGGUGCGGGCAGCGUGGCUUCACUUCCCACUCAGUGACGGCGCGAAUGCGAAUGGUUGUCCGUGUCGAUAUGUGCCCUGCGACUGACUGGCGACCAGUUCAGGGUGUCGUCCGCCUUUUGCCCGGAGUCAGCUGGGAUAGGCUCCAGCACCCCGCAACCCUAACCAGGAUAAGCGGUGUUGACGAUGGAUGGGAAUUGAAAACCUGGCUUUGGCAUGAACCCAGAAACAGUGAGUCGGCAUAUGCGAGGACAAGUUCCCACCCCGCAAAAAAAUCUGAACUCAUAAAUGCCGGAACCAUGAAUAUGCGGUGCUUUACUGUACUCCCUUUUCCGUUUUUUUGACUGGUGCCAUAUAUGAUGCCCAAUCAAUGCUUCCUCUUUCUGUCAACUUGUAUUUGACACAUUUGUGUUACGACGUCGCGUUAGAUAAAUGACUUGUGUUCACUCUCUCGUCCACUUUGACUUUUCACAUAGACGGCCGUUAUUAUAUACGCACACAAGUAGUUUUUUGUACAAAAACUUAACAGUGCAAAUACAAAAAUGAUUUCAAAUUAUAAAAAGAAGAACAAAAAAACAAAAUUAC